AUGGAAGGAACUCGUCAAAAUGGUUUUUUCAUCGGUCGAAACUCUGCAGGCCUUUGGGAAUGCGGUUUGUGCCACACAAGCGUCUGUUACGAGGGCAUGUUGGAGGACCAUAUACGGGGCAAGCAACACGCUAAGAACCUCCGAAACCUUUCGUGGGAGAAGUCAGCUGACGAGGGAUCUGCUGCUCCUAUCCAUACCAGUAGUAAUAUCUCUACCCCAUCCAUCGGGCCGGCCUCCACUUCUCGUCUCGAGUCAGCUUCACAAGCAUUAUCUUGGCGUAAUGAUCCGCAGUAUACGGGCUACAGGGAGUUCAUGGAGCAGUGUCACCAGCAAUUCUAUCCUGAUUGUGUGGCGCUCACGUCCUUGUCCGUUAUACCGCCGCUUGCUGAGCGUUCAGGGACAGUUUGGGGAGAGGCGCCCGCUAUGGAUGACGGAUGGGAUACGGUCUGCAAGCUCUGUGAUGCCCAACUGAGUGAUUGGUAUCAGUGGGCUCAACACAUGCAGGGUCGGAAACAUAGGGAUAAUGUGAAAGCCUCCAGGUGGUCAUUCGCCCAAUUCUGGCAGCGGUUGACAGCUGGGAAGUUCCCAUACUACUACGAGCAUCUUACUGGUAUCUGGUGCAUCGACCCCCCAAUAGAUCCAUUUCCGGCUUCCGAUGUUUACAUCGAAACUCUCAGACAGAACACCCAUGAGCCCAGCCAAGAUACCGCUGAGGACACGACGGAAGCCCUGGGUCCAAGUCGCGCUGGUUCAUGGGAGUAG